GCAACGACCCGGAGCUCGACCCCAACAGAGAGCCUGAACCUCCUACCAAGAUCAUGGACAAGCCCGUCCAGCGCGCCGGCAAGCGCAACGCUGGUGCCGAGGGUCCCUCCAACGACACUCCCAGACCCGCUGCCGGUGGCCGCGGUGGACGUCACGCUGUCUUCACUGGCUCUGAGCAGGCUUUCCGUGAUAAGGGCGCAGGUGCUCUAAACAACAGAGCCAAGCCUACCGACGAUGGUGUCCGCCAGGACCGUCACCCCAACCGCACCAGAGAUGUCAACGAGCACCGUGACAUUGGUGGCAGAGGCCGUNNGGACCCCGUGGUGGCCGUGGUGGUGUUAGAGGCACCCGCACUGCCCGUGACGACAAGCACGACCGCACUGGCCACGCCGGACCACGCCAAGCAGGCCGGUGCUGCCUGGGGCCACGAGACUGGUGACGCCGAGCUGAACGACGAGAAGGCCGCUCUUGCCGACGCUAAGGCUGAGGAGGCCAAGGAGGGUGUCGUCACCGACGGAGCUGUCGCUGAGCCCGAGACCCCUGCCGAGGAGGACAAUGUCAAGUCCUACGAGCAGUACCUCGCCGAGCAGCAGGAGAAGAAGGCCGCUCUUGCCGGCAACUUCGAGGCCCGCAAGGCCAACGAGGGUGCCUCCAAGAAGUUCCCCGAGGGCAAGGCCUUCGAGCGUGACGCCAACGAGAACUACGUCGCCCCCUCUGCCGCCAAGGCCAAGAAGCAGAAGGAGCGCAAGGACAAGAACAUCCUCGACAUCGACCAGGCCUGGAAGGAGGAGCAGUCCCAGUCUCAGGACUCUGGAUUCCGUGGCGGCCGUGGCGGUCGUGGUGGUGACCGUCCCCGUGGUGGCCCUCGCGGCGGCCGUGGCGGUCCUCGUGGCGGUGCCCCUAGNAGGUGGUGCCCCCGUGACAGCGCUCCUCGUGCUCCCCGCGCUGCCCCCGUCAACGUCACCAGCUCUUCGGACUUCCCUAGCCUCGGUGCU